UCGUAUCUUGUUAUACAUCAGAGAAGUCACACAGGUGAGAGGCCAUUUCCAUGUUCUGAGUGUGGGAAAUGUUUUACAUACAAAUCGUAUCUUGUUAUACAUCAGAGAAGUCACACAGGUGAGAAGCCAUUUCCAUGUUCUGAGUGUGAGAAAUGUUUUGCACGGAAAUCACAUCUUGUUAAACAUCAGAGAAGUCACACAGGUGAGAAACCAUUUUCUUGCUCCGAGUGUGGGAAAUGUUUUACACAGAAAUCACAUCUUGUUAAUCAUCAGCGAAGUCACACAGGUGAGAAACCAUUUUCUUGCUCCGAGUGCGGGAAAUGUUUUACACAGAAAUCACAUCUUGUUAAUCAUCAGCGAAGUCACACAGGUGAGAAUACAUUUCCAUGUUCUGAGUGUGGGAAAUAUUUUACACAGAAAUCAGAUCUUAUUAAACAUCAGAGAAGUCACACAGGUGAGAAGCCAUUUCCAUGUUCUGAGUGUGGGAAAUGUUUUGCACACAAAACAGAUCUUGUUAAACAUCAGAGAACUCACACAGGUGAGAAGCCAUUUUCUUGCUCUGAGUGCGGGAAAUGUUUUACACAGAAAUCAAAUCUUGUUAAACAUCAGCGAAGUCACACAGGUGAGAAUCCAUUUCCAUGUUCUGAGAAGUAAAUCAGCUCUUGUAGACAUCACUCAGGUGAGAAACCAUUUUAAUCUUCUGGGGUAUACUUAUCAUUGCCAUGCGUUGUUCUUCAAGGUUCUUAUCCUAUCUCCUAUGCUUUUUGCAAUAUACAUGCUACCGCAGGGUGAAGUAAUCAGAUGUCAUGCCCUCAUCUACUGUUAUACAGAUGUUAUGCCAAUCCAAAAUGGUUGUCUAGUUGAGCUCCAGGUAUGGGUGAUGGCAGUUGGCUGUGACUCCGUCCUGGUGAAACAGGUCUGUCAUAAGAUAGAAGCUCACCGACAAAGGGCAGGGCUACAGCUCAGCUUUGCAAACCAACCAGACUUGCGCUUGGAGGUUUAGAGUUACAAAAUGCUGAUCCUGUGCGGAAUCUUGGUGUCCUGGAUGGUGGAGUGACACUUAGACAUCACGUAUCAGCCACAAUCAGAUCCUCCUCUGAGUACAGAGCCAGACUCCAGCACUUAUUUCCCUCAGAAGAUCUACCUACAGCCAUACAUACACUUGUAUCAUCACGCAUAGACUACUGCAAUGUCCUCUACCUGGGUCUCCCAGCAAAAGAAUUACACCGUUUGUAGCUUGUCCAGAAUGCAGCAGCCAGGCUGUUACCUAACCAUCCCGUUCCUGCCACAUAACACCUAUUCUCUGCUCCCUUCACCGGCUGCCUGUAAGAUGGUGACUAUUACAUAAUCUUACUGACUCUCCCAGCACUACAUGACCAGUGUCCGUGGUACCAGAAGCAGCUUCUGCCUCCUUACUGCCCUGCUUUCUUACUUGCAUCUGCAGAUGAAGGACUGUUACCAGCAGUACCAAGA